AGGCUUACCAACACUACAAUGACCCAAUCCAAAAAACAGCUAUCUUCCCACUCAUCAACCUCCUUAGCCGGUUAACCGGUAAACCCUUCAACUUCAAAGUUCAAAAACUCAAAAGAUUUUUAUACUCACAAAACACCGUACACACUACACAGUAAUAUAAAACACGUUCUUUCAUUGUGUAGCAUCAAAAAAACACAACCACCAACGAGGUUCCGGUCCCAUUACCAUUUUCAUCUCUCGAAAUUCGUACAAUCUUAGAAACAACGGUGUCGUGUUAAAACGCAGAUAAACCUCGCCGUUUUGUUCUGACACAAAAUAAAAAGAGCAUAACGACGAAUCAAAACGCGUCUUUCAAAAAUCAAAAUCAAAAGAAUCAACAACUGUGCUUGUUUUAGUGACUCAUACACUGUCACUCACUUCUUUCUUUUCAAUUUCAAUUUCAAUUUCAAUUUCAGUUUCACAUUUGGAUCUGAUUCCUAAGCUUUCAUUUCUUAACCAUACAAUUCAAAUUCAAUCCCCGGUUGAAACUGAUGGGAAAAUCAAGCAACAAUAGCAAGGAAUGGACGAUCUACGGAAUGGAGCAAUGGCAAACCCUAAUUUUCCUCUUAUGUCAAGCAAUUUUAUUCUCAGUAUUAUCAGUUCUCUAUCUUGUAUACUUCAAUCCAAUUUGUAGUUUCUUUGAAAGAAUAAUCUCAACCGCCGCCGUCGCCAGAUUCGCCGCUGGAUUCACCGGCUCAGUCACAGCACUCUCUGCUGUAUGUCUCUUCUUCGCUGCGGCGAAUUUCUUUUACUCCGCCGUUCCUCUUCACUACGACAUGGCACAGCGGAUCGUCUCCGCCGUACACGACUGGUCUUCUGUAAAACUCGCUCUUGAUUUAGGCUGCUGCGGCCGGGGAAUUCUCUUAAACGCCGUUGCAACACAGUUGAAAAAAGAAGGAAGCUCCGGCCGUGUUGUCGGUUUAGACCGAUCGAAGCGUACAACACUGUCCACACUUCGAUCGGCUAAAAUGGAAGGAGUUGGUGAAUACGUCACUUGUCGCGAAGGCGAUGCGAGACGGUUACCGUUUCCUGAUAAUUACUUCGAUGUGGUAGUUUCUGGUGUGUUUGUGCAUACUGUAGGGAGAGAGUAUGGACAGAAAACGGCGGAGGCGGCGGCGGAGAGGAUGAGAGCGGUGGCGGAGAUGGUGAGAGUGAUGAAACCUGGUGGUGUGGGUGUUGUGUGGGACCUAGUUCACGUGCCUGAGUACGUGCUAAGGUUACAAGAAUUAAAGAUGGAAGAUGUUAGAGUUUCAGAACGUGUUACAGCUUUCAUGGUUAGUAGUCACAUUGUUUCGUUCAGGAAACCUAGUCAGCAUGUGCAUGGACCCGCUGAGGUUUGCUUGGAUUGGAGAUUAUGCUGAUGUGGAAUUUAAUUCUCACCAUAUACCAACAAACAAAAUAGUACCAUUAUCAUAAUUAUAAUGUUAAAUAUUUUUUCGUUUUAUAUUAUAUAGUAUGAUUAAUAUCUAAGUUAAAGUUAUAGCUGGGGAGGCGAAGUCAAACCAGAUGUUUAGAAUGAUAUGGUUUUUGUAAAUGUAGUGAUGAUUUUAUAUAUAGUAAUGAAAUUGUAUAACUAUGAUGUAUAUUAGGCAGAAUAUGGUAGUACUUGGAUUUUAUGUUUCAAUUUUUGUGUUUUAAUUAUCUUUAUUAUCCAUUUGUGAGUAUGUAAGUAAAAUUUGUAUGAGGAAUGCUAAUUAUGAAUUGUUUAUUAGAGAGA